CCCGCCGCCGACAGUUCGUCCGCGCAUCGUCUCGGUCCGUCAGCCGUUUGUAAACACUAUGUGAAAGUGAUCGCGCGCGCGAGCGAACGUACCCAGUGUAUUUAAUUAAUUUUUUUUGCUAUCCGUUUUUCCUCUCGCACUUUGCAAUAAAAUAUACAAACCGAUAGGAGUUAUACGACAAUAAUAUAUUUUUAGUUUUUUUUUUUUUUCCGUUUAACAAUAAUAUUUUAGUGUUUUAUUUUUAAACGUUAUUAAUUUUUUUUUCCCUGCCCGUCGUGUGUGCGUUUCGGGUAAAUUAAUUCGUCGUCGCCGCCGUUUGCGAUCAUGUCGACCGGCCGACCGACGACGGGGCCGCACGCGAUCCGUUCGGUUUUCUGACGAACGUAAAAUUAUUUUUUCUUUGAAAUAAAUAACAUCGCGUUUCGGAAAAAAAAAAAAAAAUAAUAAUAAACAAAAAUUACGAUUUCGCGACAGUCGCCGCGCCAGACUAACGAGGCAAAAUAAAAAACUUAACGCUACCGACGAAAAAAUGUUUUUUAAAACGAAACUGUUUUUGGUGGCCGCGAUGUGCGUCGCGGCGGCCGCCAAACCCGACGCCGGCGGUGGCGAACAGUGUACGUGGUUGCCGUACAACAACGACACGGCCAAGACGUGGGUACAGUGCCGGGUCCGGACGCUGGCCGCGGACAGCCCGAACCUCGCGUCCGUGCAACCGGAGGGCACCUUCCGGCUGACGGUCGAGUGCAACGACAAAAUGUUCGCCGAGAGCACCGUGGUGCCGCGCAUGUUCCGGCCGCUGCACCAGCUGGAGGAGCUGGCGCUGAUCCGGUGCAAGCUGCUGGAAAUCCCGUCGGACCUGUUCGACGGGCUGGCCGGGCUCAAGAAGCUCACGGUGCACACGUCCAACCUGGAAUGGGGCGCCACCAAGAGUCUGGAACUCGCUCAGGGCAGCAUGGACCGGCUGAGCGAACUCCAGUCGCUCGAUCUGUCCGAGUCGAACGUGCACACGGUGCCCGCCGACGCGUUUUGCGCGCUCAAGAACAUCCAGCAGCUGAACGUGUCGCACAACGGCAUCGACGACCUGACCACGCUCGGCUUCUCCGGGCCCGACUGCCCGGGCGGCACCGACCUCAAACUGCUCGACUUGUCGUGGAACAGCCUGCAAACGGUGCCCGCCCGGACCGCCGUGUCGACCAUGAAGCGUCUGCAAACGCUCAACGUGCAGCACAACGGCAUCACCGAAAUCGCCGCCGACAGUCUGUCGACGUUGACGUCGCUCAAGGUGUUUAACGCGUCGUACAACAGGCUGGAAACCUUGCCCGAAAACCUGUUCUCGAAAAAUCACGAAGUGCGCGAGGUGUACCUGCAGAACAACGGGUUGUACGAACUGCCCCGCGGACUGUUUCACCGACUGGAUCAGAUGGUCAUUAUCAACCUGAGCAACAACAAGAUCAACCAGCUCGACGACGGCCCGUUCGUCGGUCUCCUCCGUCUGGUCGUCCUGGACCUGUCCCGGAACGGGCUGACCCGGAUCAAGUCGAACGUUUUCAAGGACCUGGUGUUCCUGCAGAUUCUCGACCUGAGCAACAACAGCAUCAGCAACAUCGAGGAAAACGCUUUUUUGCCGCUGUACAAUCUGCACACGCUCAACCUGGCCGAAAACCGGCUGCACACCAUCGGCUCGCGACUGUUUAACGGCCUGUACGUACUUUCCAAGCUCACCAUCAACAACAACCUGUUGAUCGCCAUCGACGACCAAGCGUUCAAAAACUGUUCGGCCCUAAAAGAACUCGAUCUCAGCUCGAACGCCAUUCAACAGGUGCCCGCGGCGCUGAACGAGUUGUCGUUCUUGAAAACGUUGGACCUGGGCGAAAAUCAAAUCAGCGUGUUUCACAACAAUUCGUUUAAAAACAUGGAACUGCUAACCGGAUUGAGGCUAGUGGAUAAUUUCAUCGGGAAUCUGACUAUAGGCAUGUUCUCGAAUUUGCCCAAUCUGCAAGUGUUGAAUUUGUCGAAAAAUAAAAUCUACACCAUCGAGCGCGGCACGUUCACGCAAAACAGCCAAAUUCAAGCCAUCCGGCUGGACGCCAAUUACUUGACCGACGUGAACGGAGUGUUCGAGUCGCUGACCAGUUUGCAGUGGAUCAAUUUGUCGAAAAACAAUUUGAUUUGGUUCGACUACGCGAUGGUGCCGGCCAAUCUCAAAUGGUUGGACCUGCACGAUAAUUACGUGCAAGAACUCGGCGACUAUUACAAUCUCAAAGACCGGCUGAACAUCAAUACGAUCGACGCGAGUCACAAUCGCAUAUCCGAAAUUUCCGAACGGUCGAUACCGAACAGCGUGGAGGUACUGUUUCUCAACAACAAUUUCCUGUCGACCAUCCGGCCAAAUACGUUUUCGAAAAAGAAAAACUUGGUGCGCGUGGACCUGUACGCCAACGAGUUGACCCGACUGGACGUGAGCGCCCUGCGGCUAGGUUUCGUGCCCAUAAACCGUUCGCUGCCGGAAUUCUACAUCGGCGGCAACCCGUUCGAAUGCGACUGUUCCAUGGACUGGCUGCCCACCGUCAACAACAUGACCCAGCUCCGGCAACACCCCAAGGUGAUGGACCUCGAGAACGUGGUGUGCAAGACGACCGAUUCCCGGGGCUCCGAGGUGGUGCCCAUUCUGUCGACCAGACCGUCGCAGUUCCUGUGCAAAUACGAGACGCAUUGUUUCACCGUGUGCAAGUGUUGCGAAUUUGACGCGUGCGACUGCGAAAUGACGUGCCCCAGCAAUUGCACGUGCUACCACGACCAGACGUGGCGCACGAAUAUCGUCGACUGUUCGUACCAGCGUAACAAUCAAGUACCGCCGAAAUUGCCGAUGGACGCCACGCACGUUUACUUGGACGGCAACAAUUUCAACCAGCUGCAAGGGCACAUAUUCAUCGGCCGCAAGAACAUGGUGCACUUGUACCUGAACAAUUCGAAAAUCGAAACGCUCCAGAACCACACUUUCAACCGGCUCAGCUCGUUGCAGGUGCUUCACCUGGAAGACAACAUGCUCACGGAGCUCAACGGUUACGAAUUCGAGCAGCUCUAUCAGCUCCGGCAGUUGCACUUGCAAAACAAUCGGCUGUCGUACGUGAACAACAUGACAUUUGCGCCGCUCCGCAAUCUCGAAAUACUCAAACUGCACGGCAACCUGUUGACCGGUUUCCCGGUGUGGCAACUGUCCGUCAACCCGUACCUGGUGCAGUUGUCCGCGGGCAAGAACCCGUGGUCGUGCCGCUGCGUUUUCCUGCAACCGUUCCGGAAUUGGGUGUACGAGAACGGGCCGAAAAUCGUCGACGUGACGGACGUGACGUGCGUGCCGGACGAGUCGGAUCCCGGGCAGAGGCGCGAGAUCGACUUCAACGACACGGCGUGCAGCGACUUUUACACCGGCGGUUGGGCCCUGGGCAAUAUGAUGGCGUCCAGCUACGUGCCUCUGCUGAUGUUCCUUUUGGUAAUGUUCGUUUUGGCACUGGUGGUGUUCGCCGUCCGGGACAACAUCAAGGUGUGGCUGUACACCAAGUACGGCAUACGUGUGUUCAGUUGCAAGCAUUCCGGUAACAAGCACUUUUACGAGGACCGCGAAAAGCUGUACGACGGUUACGUUCUGUACAGCCCCAAGGACGAGGAGUUCGUCCUGCAGUCGGUGGUCGCCGAGCUCGAGCACGGCAACCCGUCGUAUCAGCUGUGCCUGCACUACCGGGACUUGCCCAUCACGUCCAUGUACCACGCCGGGUCGUCGCCCGUGGUGAUCGAAGCCGCGGAGGCCAGCCGCCGGGUGAUCGUGGUGCUGUCCCGGAACUUUAUACAGACCGAAUGGUCCCGGUACGAAUUUCGGACGGCGCUUCACGAGGCGCUCAAAGGGAAAGUGUACAAGCUGGUGCUGAUCGAGGAGAACAGCGUGACGGCCGAGGCGGACGCCGACCCGGAGAUCAGACCGUAUCUGAAGGUGGCGUCCAAGGUGCGAUGGGGCGAGAAACGGUUCUGGGAACGGCUCCGGUAUCUGAUGCCCAGCAACAACCACCACAACAACAACAGCCAUCACCACCACAAGGUUUGCAACUACCGGAACAACAUCAACAACUACACGAUAGACACGCGCGCGCCGACUGCCCCGGCGCACCGCCGACAGCCGUCGCCGCACGACAAGACGACGACGUUGACGACGCCGCAGCACCACCGGCACCACCAUCACAGCCCGGGCUCGUUGCCGCGGCCGCAGCACCGGCACGAGGACUCCAACUACUCGACGGCCACCACGGCCACGCCGUCUCCGAAACUCGGCGGCGGCGACGACCGUCCCGCGUCCGCCGAGCACAUUUACUCGGCCAUCGACACGCCGCCGCCGUCGGUACACCAAUCGCCGGCCCGGACCGUGUCGAUGCCGCAGCAGCAGCAACAGCAACAGCAACAGCAGCAGUUCGAGCGCACCAACAGCCGGAGGUCCGCGAGACACCACCAACAUCACCAGAACGCCGUGCAAGCGUAUCUCGUCUGAAAACCCGGCCGGUUCGUGACCGCGUAACGCGCCUAAACGAUAUUAUCAUAAUAAUAUAACCAACAGGUCAGUGUAGUCCACGUGUUUUUUACGCGACGUAAAACAUUAUUAUACCUAUUAUAAAUAGAAAGAAAUUAUUAAAAAAAAAAAAUUAUUACGUUUAUAUUCGUUUUCGUAGAUUUAUCAAAGAGGAAAAAAAAAAUAAAGUUUUUGUUUUUUUUUUUUUUUUUUUU